UGGCAACGCUGGGGAUGACGCAGCCAACGUCAAAACGAAAAUAAUUUUUUAUAAGAAAGAAGGAUAAAAGAAGAAUUAAUAAAGUAAAUUUUUGCCUGAUAUUGUUUUAUUUUUAAGCGUGUAUUAAACAAAGUGGAGCUGCAAUGAGUUUCUUUGGCAAAGUGUUUGGUGGAAAGAAAGAAGUGGCUCCUACCACAGGUGAAGCCAUACAGAAACUUCGUGAGACAGAAAAUAUGCUCAUCAAGAAGCAGGAGUUUCUGGAAUCAAAAAUAGAGGAAGAGCUGAACAUUGCCAGGAAAAAUGCUUCGAAAAACAAACGAGUUGCUUUACAGGCGCUUAAGAAGAAGAAGCGUUUGGAGAAGCAACUGCAGCAAAUUGAUGGAACGUUGUCCACGAUUGAAAUGCAGCGCGAAGCAUUGGAAAGCGCCAACACGAACACAGCUGUUUUGACGACUAUGAAAAAUGCUGCUGACGCGCUUAAAGCGGCACAUAAAAAUAUGGAUGUGGAUAAUGUGCAUGAUAUGAUGGAUGAUAUUGCUGAGCAACAAGAUGUGGCGCGUGAAAUUUCUGACGCUAUUUCAAACCCAGUUGCCUUUGGUGCUGAUCUGGACGAUGAAGACCUAGAACGUGAAUUAGAUGAAUUAGAACAAGAAGAGUUUGAUAAAAAAGUUAUCGGCAUACCAGAACCAAACGUUACAUUACCCGAAGUACCGGCGGAUGAGAUGCCAGAGAAAGUUCCAGAGAAAAAGAAAGCUGCUGCCUCUGCUUCAACUUCGGCCGUAGAUGAUGAAAAUGAUCCAGAUAUGAAACAAUUACUUUCUUGGGCUAACUAAAACAUUUGUUAAUCUCAACCGUACAUUUGUGGACAUGUGACUGAGUAUUACGAACAGU